AUGAUCCCUUUUUUACCAGUAUUUGAAAACGAUCCUUUCUUAAAGUAUUCACCAUGGGAAGAUUCUUCAAAUUAUAUGUUAAGACAUAGUCAUGAAAUGGCUUUUAUGUUUGUAUUUUACAUGGUGAUACAUGCAUUAGCUCCAGGAGCCAGUAAGAAGCUUUUUGGUAAGAAUUAUAGCGAUUUAAAUCUCAAAGGUAGAAUCAAUUUCGAUAUUCACAUGGUAUCCAUGGUUCAAUGUGUUAUAUCUAUAACUUCCCUCGCUCCAAUGUGGAAUCACAGUUAUUAUCAAAAUAGAGUCGAAGAUGCCGAAUCAUCCAUUUUCGGUUAUACAUCUUACGGAGGCUUAGUUGCUUCAUUAGCAGUAGGAUACUUCUUAUGGGAUGUGUUUGUUUGUAUCAAAUAUUUUGAGAGUUUUGGAGUUGGAUUUUUAUUCCACGGAGUUUCAGCCUUUUAUGUGUUUUCAACUACUAUGAUCCCAUUUUGUAUGCCAUGGAUUCCUGCUUUCUUAUUAUUUGAAUUAUCAACUCCAUUUGUCAAUAUGAAUUUCUUUGCUUCCAGAUUACCUGCCGGUGCCAUUCCAAACAAUGUGGUAUUGAUUAACGGGAUCUUAUUAUUAGUUACAUUCUUUUCCGUCAGAAUCCUUUGGGGUUUUUAUGCAGUUUCUUUGGUUGCAACUGAUUUAUAUAGAACUUUGGGAAUGAUCAAUGUGUUCUUCCCUAUUUGUCUUUUAAGUAUUAACAUUUGCUUGAAUAGUUUGAAUGUUUUCUGGUUUUAUAAGAUGUUAAGAAUUGCUAAAAAGAAGUUAGGUAAAGGUAAACCUAGUGAAGAAUCAGCUAAGGCUAUUGCCAAAGAGGCUGCUAAAAUCGAUGAGAUUUAG